UUGGCUGGGAAUAUUUGGUUUUCCGUGCUGCUGUUGUUGUUGUAUCUGAGUGAACGGGUGAAGGAAGGUCACCGCGUCUGCUGUCUCCUAGCAACAGGGAUCUGAGAGUUUGGAAUUUGUCCAGGAGGGACUUUUACCGCGGCAUUCCAAUGGAAUGAGUCACGUUGUCAUGGCAACAGGCAGCUGCUGUCUCAACCGUUGAAUGAGAUGCUGAUUGGCCGGGAGCCAAAUGAAUGCGUUAUUUCCACGAGGUGCUUUCAGUGUGGAUGAGUUCAUGGUUUCAGGCUUUAGCUUGUUAGAUUUACACCUGCAGGCCGUUCAUCUGCUGACUGACAGAUCCUCCACAACUUCCCUCGCUAGACAGCUUAAGUUCAUCUAAAAUAGUUUGCUUUAUUGUUGCUUUAAAACUGUUCCACGAAGACACAAGCUGCUGUGAAAGAAAAAGACUUUAACCCUGAUAUGUAACCCUGAAGACAGUUUACUAGAUGGAAGCGCUCGAGGAUUGAAGGUCAACAUUACAACACUUUUGUUUCCGUUGCACAACCGGACCAAUCCAUCACAGAUCAGUGGCCGUUAGAGAAGCGAGAGCCGCUGAAGUGCAUUGUGGGAUUGUAACGACCGUGUGACAAACUGACCAACGGGAUGCCAGUAAUGAGUGCGCAGGAGACCAGCACGGGAAAAGACCUGAAACACAUUGCAGAUGCUCUGAAAAGUUCGUCUAAAGUGAGGAGCGUGACGCUGGAGGACGAGGACUGGAACUGGACGGCCGAUAAGAAGAAGACGCCGCUGAGGCGCUCUGGAAGCGUUAAAGAUCUCAUCUACAGGUUCGACGGGUCACCGCCGUGCCUCGGCUCGCUGAAGAUCAAGAGGCAAGACUCGAGCGCACAGGAUUCUGGGAACAUGACACAUGAGAGCAGAGAGAUAGAGAAGAGCCUGGUGUCUAGUGAAGCACAAGAAGUGAGAGAAGCAGAGAAGAAGAACGAGGACAAGCCAGACGCUCCUGAAUCCGGUCCAUUUUCCAGCUUAAACGGCGAGAAGCAGCACAGCAGUCCUGUGUCCGAAGACGAGCCCAUGACCCCGAAAGUGCGUCCCAACCCCAAAUACCAGCUCUACCUGGGGCUCCAACGGCUCCAACGGAUCCAACGGAUCCAACGGGGCCCUGCUGAGGGUCAGUCCUGUGAGCCGAGGGUCCAUGGAGUCGCUCUCGUCCCGGGACGGGGACAGCUUGUCCGAAAGAACGGCUGGGAUUGAAGUCCUCCCCGAGGUUUCAUCAGUCCGUAUUCAACGCUCU